ACACACACUCACCAUAGCUCCACUGACUUCAGUAGAGCACGUUCCCGCUCCUUCGUUCUUUACUUCACCUUUCCUCUGACGCAGUUUCCAUAUUAAAAGCCCCUCCUUAUUUAACACUUCUUCUCUGACAGCUCUCACCUUCACGAAAACCAACACCACCUAAACCAAACCAGGACUAAAAAAACAUGCCGUCGAUUCCAGAGUCGGAGCUCAUUCGUCUCCAAGCGAACCAAGACAAAGUCCGGAACAUUUGUAUCCUCGCCCACGUCGACCACGGCAAGACCACUCUUUCGGACUCGCUUCUUGCCUCCAAUGGUAUUAUCUCCUCGAAACUCGCGGGCAAGGUCCGUUAUCUGGACUCGCGUGAGGAUGAACAGGAGCGUGGAAUCACUAUGGAGUCCAGUGCUAUUUCAUUGUAUUUCAAGAUCAUGCGACGGGCCGCUACGACAGCGAACCAGGGCCAAUCUGCUGCGGUGACAGAUCAGAGUCAUGCGGGGACAGGUUCUCCAACAGAUUCACAGACGGGAUCGCCGCAGCCAUCUGCUACGGAAGUCAAGAAGAGCGUCUCGGAGGAAUAUCUGAUCAAUUUGAUUGACUCGCCAGGACAUGUCGACUUUUCAGGAGAAGUCUCGACAGCAUCUCGACUCUGUGACGGAGCCCUCGUCUUGGUGGACGCUGUCGAAGGUGUUUGUACACAGACUCACACGGUGCUGGGUCAGGCAUGGAGGGAAUCCGUACGCCCGGUCCUGGUCAUCAACAAGAUUGACCGACUGAUCACAGAACUGCAGUUCACACCAUUGGAGGCCUAUACGCAUCUGAAUAAUAUCCUGGAACAGGUCAAUGCUGUCAUGGGAACUUUCUUCUCCGAGAACGUCCUCGAGGAGGACUACAGGAAAAAGGCAGAGAAAAGAAAGGAGCAGGAGGGCAAGGAAAACGAGUCGACAGAACUAGAGGACACUUUUUCAGAUUGGCAUGUCGAGACACAGGACGAUUCGCACAUUUAUUUCCACCCAUCUCAGGGCAACGUCAUCUUUGCAUCCGCCAUCGACGGCUGGGCCUUCAGAGUCGACCAGUUCGCGGCAAUCUAUGCACAAAAGCUUGGUAUGAAAGAGGGCAUCCUCCGCAAAUGUCUCUGGGGCGACUUUUAUCUGGAUCCCAAGACCAAACGCGUCAUUGGAUACAAGGGACUCAAGGGUCGUGCCCUUAAACCGCUCGCUGUACAGAUGGUGCUCGAUAAUGUCUGGAAGGUCUAUGAGGUCGUUGUCACGGAACCGGAUAGGGAGAUGACAGAGAAGGUCGUCAAGUCAUUGAACCUAAAGGUGUUGCCGAGGGAUAUGAAGUCAAAGGAUACACGUGCGACGCUGACGACAAUCUUUUCUCAGUGGCUGCCGCUCUCGACAUGUGUGCUCCUGGCGGUCGUGGAGCAGCUACCUUCGCCCCCAGCGGCGCAGAAGAUCAGGAUGCCAAAGAUGUUGCAUCCAUUCGAAUCGACGCCUUCAGAACCGACGGAGGCAUGGGAGCUGGGAAUGGUCAACUGUGAUGCGUCCAGUGGUGUGGUUGCGUACGUUAGCAAGAUGGUCAGCGUGCCGUUGGAUGCGUUACCGAAGAACAAGCGCAAGACUCUGUCGGCAGAGGAAAUGCGUCAGCGUGGACGGGCCCAAAGGGAGCAACUGUUGGCGAAUGCCAAGGCGGCCGAGAAUGGAGAGGUCGGCGUGCAUCUGGAUGUGGACGAGGUCAUUGCGAACCGGACCCAUGCCGAGGCCGAGGAGAGGGCUGCGAUGGAGGAGCUGGAAGGAAAGGAGACGUUGAUCGGAUUCGCGAGGAUUUAUUCCGGAACUGUGCGUGUGGGUCAGAAGCUCAAGGUCUUAGGGCCCAAGUACGAUCCUGCACAGCCGACGUUGCACUGCACUGAGGUUACGGUCGACAGUUUGUUCAUGAUUAUGGGACGCGACUUGAUCGGACUGGAGGAGGUCCCUGCGGGCAAUGUGUUUGGUAUCGGAGGAUUGGAGGGACAUGUCCUCAAGUACGGAACCCUGUGGGAUGCUAAAUGGGAGGGCGGACAAAAUCUGGUCGGCAAGGGACCCGGAACGGCGCCAAUUGUUCGUGUUGCACUCGAGCCAGAGGAUCCUUCACAGAUGGCACAGUUGGUCCGGGGUCUGCAAUUGCUUAACCAGGCGGAUCCAGCGGUCCAGGUCUUGACCCAGGAGACGGGAGAGCACGUUAUUUUGACAUCGGGCGAGGUACAUCUUCAGCGAUGUAUGGCAGAUCUGAGGGAGCGGUUUGCCAGGAUUGAAAUCUCGGUCAGUGAGCCGAUUGUGCCAUUCCGUGAGACAGCGAUUGAUGCACCGGCGCAGCUGGUAACCUCAAGCGCCAUGUCUGCCAAUGAAGCCUACCAGGCUCGCGAGCAGGGCGAGAAGCUGAUCACGAAGAGCGAGACAGGAGCCCGUGGAACGAUCACGGCAACGACACCUAACCGCCAUGUGCGGUUCGUGGUCCGGACGGUGCCUAUUCCUGAGGAACUGAAGAAGUAUCUGCUAGAGCAUGCGGACCAGGUUCAAACGUAUGUGGGGACGCUACGCAAUGUUGGCAGCAGGGAAUCUUUGACGCCAUUGGAGGUGGCAUCAGCAGCAGUUGGAGCAGACGUGGGAGAAGAAUUAACAGCUGCAGUCGCAGCUGUAGUAGCACCGCAGCGCACUGCUGAAGAGGAGGGUAAAAUCCAGGAAAAGAUGAUGAAUGAGCUUAAACCUUUGUUUGCGAAUGCUGGUGAGGAGUGGAAGGGCAAAGAGAAGGAUAUUCUUGCGUUCGGACCUCGUCGAGUCGGACCAAAUCUGUUGAUUAACAACCUGGGUAUCGACUUUAGUCGCAACAGGACAGGCGGUAGCAACAAUGAGAAGGGCGACGAGGAGAAGAAUGCAAUCACGGUGCAGGAUAUGGCCGAGUCGGUACACACUGGAUUCCAGAUUGCGACAAACAGUGGGCCGUUGUGUGGUGAGCCCAUGCUGGGGAUGGCGUUCUUUCUGCAAGAGAUUAAGAUCCUGGAGAACACGCAGGAAGGAGGGGCGGUUGAGGGAAGGUCCAAGAUGGCGGUGACGAGUGGACAGGCGAUCACGACGGUGAGGGACGCCUGUCGUCUGGGAUUCCUGGAGUGGAGUCCUCGUCUGAUGUUGGCAAUGUACUCUUGCGACAUCCAGACGACUGCUGAGGUCCUGGGCAAGGUGUAUGGAGUGAUUGCGCGUCGUAAAGGCAAGAUUCUGCACGAGGAAAUGAAGGAAGGAACACCAUUCUUCUCGAUCCAGGCGCUGCUGCCUGUUGUAGAGUCCUUUGGGUUCGCAGACGAUAUCCGUAAGAGGACCUCGGGAGCGGCCUCGCCACAGUUGAUCUUUUCACAUUUUGAGGUGUUGGACAUGGACCCGUUCUGGGUGCCGAAUACGGUCGAGGAGCUGGAGGAUCUGGGCGAGAAGGCGGAUAGGGAGAAUGUAGCGAAGAAAUAUAUGGACACUGUGAGGAAGCGAAAGGGGCUAUUUGUAGAGCAGAAGAUUGUCGAGCACGCGGAGAAGCAGCGGACGUUGAGGAAGAACUAGCGGACCGAGGUAGCGAUGAAGAUAGAUCGGUCGAGAUGUACGUUGCUGAGUGGACAGUAAUAAAAAUCGAGAAGGUAGCGUGAAAUGAAAGGAAGCAGGUUUUGCGGCCGGAUUUAGGUUUGACGCGGUACCUGAAAAUAGCUACACGCGGUGGGGCCUCGUGCUUUUCUGGUUUCAAAAAUGAAAGAUGUAAUCAGCGCAAGCGGACAGGGGCGAGACUAAAGCGAAUACAAGUCUAUGGAGCUGUGCAUCGCACUAACUGAAGGUGCUCGUGGCACCGUUGGCGGGGCCCUUUCAAGGGAGAGAGGUCUGCAGCCUGUGGCCCAGCAGCGCUGCUGUGUGCGAUAGCAUGCAGAGGAGGAUAAAAAUAGAAAGUGCCAUGAG